UGAAGAUUCCCGGGUGCGCUGGCAUCUUCCCGCUGGGCCAGUGGAGGCGGCGGGGGACACUCCCCCGCGGUUCGGCUCUCCAACCCCGACGGGGACCCCUAGACCUUGUUCACACCUCACGGCGGGUGAGGGGCGUGGACCUGGAUCGCCUGCGGCGGGGCAGCUUCUCUCGCGCAGAUCCCGCAGCCGCAGGGAAUGUCACCGGUACCUCCGCGGCCACGGCUGCGGGCCGGGAGGGCGAGCCCCUCAGCCGGCGCCGCGUCGCCCGCCUGGGCAGCACCGAUAAGGAGCUGAAGGCAGGAGCCGCGGCCGCGAGCGGCGCCCCAACAGCGCUGGGGACGCCCUGGCAGCGGGAGCCGCGGGUCGAGGUUAUGGAUCCAGCGGGCGGCGACGCGAGGCUGCUGCCGGCGCGGUGCCGCCUGCUGGUCCUGUUAAACCCGCACGGAGGCAAGGGCAAGGCGCUGCAGCUCUUCUGGAGCCACGUGCAGCCGCGGCUGGCCCAGGCCGAUAUCUCCUUCACGCUGAUGCUCACUGAGCGCCGCAACCACGCUCGGGAGCUGGUGCAGGGGCUGGAGCUGGAGCGCUGGGAUGCGCUGGUGGUCAUGUCUGGGGACGGGCUGAUGUUCGAGGUGGUGAAUGGGCUCAUGGAGCGGCCCGACUGGGAGACGGCCAUCCGGAAGCCCCUGUGUAGCCUCCCAGCCGGCUCUGGCAAUGCGCUGGCAGCUUCUUUGAACCAUUAUGCCGGCUACGAGCAGGUGACCAAGGAGGACCUCUUGACCAACUGCACCCAGCUGCUGUGCCGCCGGCGCCUGGAGCCCAUGAAUCUCCUGUCGCUGCAGACGACCUCGGGGCUGCGCCUCUUCUCCGUGCUCAGCCUGUCUUGGGGCUUCGUCGCGGACGUGGACCUGGAGAGCGAGAAGUUUCGGCGUCUAGGGGACUUCCGCUUCACUCUGGGCACCUUCCUGCGCCUGGCAGCCCUGCGCGUGUACCGGGGCAGACUGGCCUACCUCCCCGCAGGAAGGGCGGUCCCCGGGAUGCCCGGCCCCCCCGCCGCGGACAGGCGGGAUCGGCAGGGUCCUAGGGAUGCUCACCUCGUACCCCUGGAGGAGCCGGUGCCCGCGCACUGGACCGUGGUCCCGGAGCAGGACUUCGUGCUGGUGCUGGCGCUGCUGCACUCGCACCUGGGCAGCGAGAUGUUUGCGGCCCCGAUGGGCCGCUCUGCCGCCGGCACCAUGCACCUGUUCUACGUGCGGGCAGGCGUGUCUCGGGCCACGCUGCUGCGCCUCUUCCUGGCCAUGGAGAAGGGGAGGCACAUGCAGCAGGACUGCCCCUACUUGGUGUACGUGCCCGUGGUUGCCUUCCGCCUGGAGCCCAAGGACGGAAAGGGCGUGUUUGCCGCGGACGGCGAGCUGUUGGUCAGCGAGGCCGUGCAGGGCCAGGUGCACGCCAACUACAUCUGGAUGGUCAGUGGCUGCGUGGAGCCCCCGCCCAGCCGGAAGCCUCAGCGGGGAGCACCUCCAGAAAAGCCCUUGUGACUCCACGGGGCCUUGCCGUGCCUUAGCCUCUCGGGCUCCUCCGAGCUCAGGACCCCUCUCCCCGUCCCCUGGGACUGGAGGCCCUGUCCCCAGCUCAGUGGUGAUGGGGGGGAGGAGGAGGUGGAGGAGGACCCUUGGGGAAGGUGGGAAGGUGGAGGAUGUGCUUUGGAAGGCCAGGCUCUGCCUACCGUAGGUCAGAAUGAGACUCGGGGCGGGCGCCCAGCUGGUUGGGCCCCCCUGCCUAUGGAAGCCACUCUCAUUUUGUCCUGGGAGCCCCACCCACCAUACAAAUAAAGUGACCCUCCCAGCC